AUGAUCAACGACCCCACACUCCCAAGCCUGCAAGCCCAGACUGAAGCGGGGGUUGCGGUGGCACUGCCCUGGAGUCGCGAAGAAAAGUCAUUGUUGACCGGGUUCGACUCGACCAAGAUGAGAGACUAUCCAGACGGGCCAUGGAUACCGACGGUGUCGCCCUUCAGCGCCCAGUCCAUCGUCACGGCCACCAUGGUUCCAGACCCCAGUGGGGGCGUCGGCGUUUACCGUGAAGGAUUCUCCACUCGUUCGGAGUCUUCACAUGAGCACCUGAGCGCCUCGCUGGGCAUUACGGUCGGGUAUUCCUUCCUGAAUGCCAACGUGACUGGGGAAUACGACAGCACGGUGGACAAGACCAGCAAUGGCAUUCAAUCUUCACGCAACGCCUCCUUCCGGUUGGGUCGCGUGGCUCUCGACCGCCCCCCGGAGUUUUCCCGGGAAGCCGUCAGCAUCUUGACGCAAGUUGAUGGAGAAUCCAGCUUCCGAGAGCGAUAUGGAGAUUACUACGUGUAUGGCUACGAGCUCGGCGCCGACGCAGGGGCCUGCAUUUCUGCGGAGAGCUCGACCUAUGACUCUGAGGAGACCCUUAAGAUCACCGUCACCGUCAAGGUCUUAUUUGCGUCCGUCUCCGCGUCUCACACGGAAUCCUCCCAGAAGCACGAAUCCUCGGCAAAGUUCACCUUCUCGGGAUUCAGUACUCUCCACGGCGAGGUCGAGAGCUCUCCCGGGACCUCUGGCCCACCCUCAGUGGCGGAUCUUCAAGCUCUCCAGAACCAGGCGAGCGCCCACAUGGCCCGCGUCGCUCGGCUUGACCAAGAGCUGCAGGAACGCAUGACUAGUCUCGGACUGACCGGGGGGGCCAAAUUACCCUGGCAUCUGUGUGGAGAGAUUUGUCGCGCGGGUGUGGUCGUGCAGCUUCUGUUAGCUCCGUUCAGGACCCUGGUGGAGUACCAAGCCAUCCGUGCGAAGCGAGAUGCCGGCGCCAUUACCGCGCCCGUGGCCAUGGUUGAUGUUCGGACCCUCCCGCUUUCCAACAAAAUCAGGCGCAGCUGA